AUGGCGGAAGCUUCCCAUACAUUGCAAAAAGGUGCUGUCGUCCAGCACACCGCCAAAGCCCAUAACCUGAAAGGUCAAGUGCCUAAAGGGAGUAUGGGAUCGAGUGAACUCCAACAAGCCGCUCUGUCCAGACUUCUGCGAUAUCUCUGUGUGCUUUUUGCUGCACUGCAGGAAACACGCAUGAGAUAUCGAUCCGUCAUCAGCAUCGAAAAUUACACCAUAUACUGCGGCGAUGCUGGUGAGAGCAAAGUAGGUGGUUGCGCGAUAGCUGUGAGGAACGAUUACAAGAACCUGGUGGAGGAAUUUGGCUCAACGUCGUCUAGAUGUCUAGUCGUCUUUCUACGACUGCGGCAUCGCAGAGGACGUAAACUCUGGAUCGUAAGGGCUCACGCACCUACGGAAACUGCUGAGGACAACAGUAAGGACGCCUUCUAUGAUGAACGCGUUGAUGUCUAA